AGAAGUCCUGUUAUAUCAGCAUUAGAGAUAUAGAGAUAUAGAGGAUCUAAUUGUACAAUAGACUUAGAAAAGAUACUUUGCAACUUUUGAUUUGGAUUUUUUAUUUCUGCAGAACGUUUUAUCUUAUCAACAUAAAAAUCGAUACAUUCACAUUCAGAUCAACAACUUCACUGAAAGUAUCAUUCUCAAUACAUCUACGGAUCAUAAUCUUCUAUGUCGUACAAAAGAUAUCCCGAUGGCAACGAUUUUGAUGGCACGUUUUUUCAGUCGCUUUCUCUAGAAGACACGGGACAUGCCACUGCCAACAUUUACAAUAGGCACUAUACAGCAGAAUACGACGAAGACUUGAUGGAGAUCGACUACGAACACGACAAAUCCGACUUCAAUCUUGACCAUGCGAACUUCACACCAGAGCCUAUCAGUUCAGGUGAUCCAGACAUAUUAACUCCCAUCAAUAAGCUAUCUCAUUUUGCAUCUACUCCGGCACAGUCUACGCCUAUAAAUGAAGAUAAAAACAGCAACGAGACGAUAUCUGACAAUAAAAGUGAAGAAUUACAAGAGCACGAAAAAGAAAUAGAAAAUGAAGACGCCGAUUUAGGUGAAGCCAAUUCUAGCAUAGUCAGUUCACUUCUUUCGCCCACGAUAUUAGGAGCUAGACUCGCCAUUAGACUGCCACGACUUCUAUUGCCACCACCUUCAAGGAAAGGAAGCGUUAGUUUUUCUGAUAUCGAUCACGAGUACGAUACAAGUUCUUUCAGAGACCACUCUGCUACUUUACCCAUCAGUAAAUUCGGAAACUAUAAGACACCUGAGCCAAUCAAUAGGCUCAGUAACCUUAACUUUAGAAACGUUAGUUCAUUUUCGCUGAAUUCCGAUCUCAGCACCUUCCUAGCUAGUAAAGACGAAAACGACGAUACUGAGGAAUAUAUCUACAAUCCACGUGAUGGGAAUUAUCUUAGUUUCAACAAUAAUCGUACAUUUGACAACUCGCUCAAUCGUUCGUACCUCUACAGACAAUCUUUCAACGGCCUAGCUGACCGGUCGGCCGCUUCUUUUAUAAAUAGAAGUCACAUGGACACUUCAGCAGUCCAAAUACACCACCAUCAUUACUAUUAUGGUGGCAAUGACGAUACAGCUAAUCGUACUAUAGGCAGUCCAGAGCAUACUGGUGCCCACACUCGUACAUUACAAUUAAGUGCUACCGGUGAACCUAAUCUUCCAUCGCCGUGGCAGUCAAAUAUCUCCCCAAUAGCCCGAGUACCAUAUUUGCUAGCUUCGUAUCUACAAUUGAUUAUUAAUUUGGUUGUUUCAGCUUAUACCAUCUACAUCCUCUACCAAGUUAUUUCUACUAUCAGAAGAGAUAUCAAUGUCAAAUUGGACCUACAUGCUAAAAAUAUCCUAAGCGAGAUACAAUCAUGUACAAGGCAGUACAAAGAAAAUGGAUGCGGGCCAGACACGGUGGGCCCCGAGUUGGAAGAAGUGUGUGCCAGUUUAGCCAAGUGCAUGAACCAAAGUCCUCACAAAGGUAGCGGUAACGCCUCGCUGAUCAGUGCCGAAACGAUCGGCUUGAUCAUCAAUUCGUUGGUUGAACCUCUUGGCUUGAAGGUGUUCCUCUUUCUCUUUGGAACCAUCGCUGCCUUGUUUGCUUGCAACUUUACCUUCGGCUACAUUCGUGCAAAGACCUACUAUGGCUGGAAUUCAGAAUUGAUUGCAAAUCCUGCACACGCCGCCAUUCCUGGUUCCACGCUGUCAGGAUUAGGAAGUACCGAGGAACAACUUUUCAGCCCUGGCAACGGAUCGCAAUUGGUAAACACACCAAAAAAUAAUGCCAAUAGCUUGGCUUAUACGGAUGGACGUCAAGGAGGUAGCGACAAUUCAGGCCGAGGUCUCUGGAAAAAGUUAACCUCCUGAGAGUCAAAAUCCGAGAUCAAUCUCUUGGAAAGGGAGUACGAAUAGAGAACUAAAUAGUAUACAAUAACGAUAAAUAGGAUUAUACGAAUUACGAAC